CACUUUCUAGUCCUGACCCGGAAGUGCUCGUCGGCUCUUCUCCCUUUUCCGGUGCUUAGGCGGCGUGCGAUAGAAGGCCGUACAGCCAUGAGCGUCCCGGCUUUUAUUGAUGUGUCCGAGGAGGAUCAGGCUGCAGAGCUUCGUGCAUAUUUGAAAUCUAAAGGUGCAGAAAUCUCCGAGGAAAACUCCGAGGGGGGUCUACACAUAGACUUGGCCCAAAUCAUUGAGGCUUGUGACGUCUGCCUAAAGGAGGAUGAUAAAGAUGUUGAGAGUGUUAUGAACAGUGUCGUAUCGCUGCUGCUGAUAUUGGAGCCAGAAAAGCAGGAAUCUCUUAUUGAAAGCCUAUGUGAAAAACUUGUCAAAUUUCGGGAAGGCGAACGUCCAUCAUUAAGGCUGCAACUACUAAGCAAUCUUUUCCAUGGCAUGGAUAAGAGCACCCCAGUCAGGUACACAGUGUACUGUGCCCUCAUAAAGGUAGCCGCCACCUGUGGAGGUAUAGUGUACAUUCCUACAGAUCUUGACCAGGUUCGGAAAUGGAUCACUGACUGGAAUAUCAGCACAGAAAAGAAGCAUGUUAUGCUAAGGCUUCUCUAUGAGGCACUUGUAGACUGCAAGAAGAGUGAGGAAGCUGCUAAAGUGAUGGUGGAGUUAUUGGGAAGUUACACAGAUGACAAUGCAUCUCAGGCCCGUGUGGAUGCACACAAAUGCAUCGUGAGAGCAUUGAAGGAUCCCAAGACCUUUUUGCUUGAUCACCUUCUUGCUUUAAAACCAGUGAAGUUUUUGGAAGGCGAGCUCAUUCAUGAUCUCCUGACUAUAUUUGUCAGUGCUAAGCUUUCUUCGUACGUCAAGUUUUACCAGAAUAACAAAGACUUUAUUGAUUCACUGGGUCUCUCACAUGAGCAAAACAUGGAAAAAAUGCGUCUCCUUACGUUUAUGGGAAUGGCUGUGGAAAACAAGGAAAUUUCCUUUGACACUAUCCAGCAGGAGCUGCAACUUGGGGCGGAUGAUGUAGAAGCAUUUGUAAUCGAUGCCGUGAAAACAAAGAUGGUAUACUGCAAAAUUGACCAGACACAGAAGAAAGUUGUUGUGAGUCACAGUACGCACAGAACCUUUGGGAAGCAGCAGUGGCAACAGUUGUACGAUAUUCUCAACUCCUGGAAGAUUAACUUAAAUAAAGUGAAGAACAGUCUCCACAGUAUUUCUGAUGCUUGAACACAAACGUGAGCAGCGUAACAGCUCUGGACUAAGACCUUUUCAGCUGUGCCUCAUGUGGAUGUUAAAUCAAAGCGGGGUGUUAUAAAUUGGUCUUAAAUAAAGCUGUUUCAGAUCUGUA